CACAUCUGCACUCACAGUGAGGCGUGGUCACAACAAACAGGUGGGCUCCACUUGACUCGGUUGUUGAGCAUUAUCAACUCGGUUGUUGAGCAUUAUCAACUCGAAGAGCUCGUUUCUCUGCCGGAGGUUACCGCGUACAAACAACAACAACAACAACAAAACAACAACAAAACUGCAAAAUGCCCAAGUGCCCAAAGUGCUCCAAGGAAGUUUACUUUGCGGAGAGGGUGACAUCGCUGGGCAAGGACUGGCACAGGCCCUGUCUAAGAUGUGAGAAGUGCAACAAGACCCUGUCACCAGGCUCACAUGCAGAGCAUGAGGGCAAGCCGUACUGUAACAACCCCUGCUACUCUGCACUGUUCGGACCUGGCGGAUUUGGACGUGGCGGAGCUGAAAGCCAUAAAUUUUAACAUUACAGUACUUAUAGAGAUGCACAUGCCACACUAAAGUCAUGCCUGGAAACUUCAGUCCGAAAGCCAGCGUCCUCACUGCAACCAGCAAAGCAGACAACCAACCAGCAUUCCUCUCUGGAAGAAGCCCCAUUUUAUGUUAUUUUUUCUGUACUGUUUUGUUUGUUUGCUUGAUUGUUUGUUUGGUCAGAGGACCCAUCAGCCUGAAGACAGAGAACAAAUGCUGGAACAGUUCUUCUAGGGUCUCUAGACCUUCCCCAUACUGAUUAAACACAUGUUUUAAACUGUA